CUGAUAUGAUGCAGGCUAAAGAAUUCAUUUAACUUAUUGUCAAGGACUAAUUGGUUUCUGUGGGAUUUUGCAGCAAUGGCAGUCACCAACUUCUCUCAGAUCACUGAAUUCUACCUGCUGGGAUUUCCAGGACUUCAUCCACAGUAUUAUGGGGCUGUAGGAACUUUUUUAGUCUUUAUCUAUGUAAUACUGGCAAGCGGAAACAUUUUAAUAAUUUCAUUUAUUGUUUAUGAGAGACACCUUCAUAGACCCACCUACAUGAUCUUUUGUAAUCUUGCAAUGUGUGAUCUUUUGAUGGGAACUGUCAUUCUGCCCAGAGCAGCUGCAAAAUAUCUUGCUAAUGAUGAUUAUGUACCAUUUCAUUUAUGUUUUGUACAAAUGUUUUUUGUUCAUUAUUCAGGGAUGGUUGAUUCUUUUAUUUUAUUAUUAAUGGCCCUGGAUCGGUUUGUUGCAGUAUGCUACCCUCUUCAAUAUCCUGCAGUUAUCACAAACCAGCAUAUUACAUAUGCAUGCACUGUGUGUUGGUUGUUUAUUUUAGGAGUUUUUCCAUUAUUUACUUACCAAACUGAACAACUUCACUUCUGUUCUACAAAUGUGAUAAGUCAUUGUUUCUGUGAUUUCAAUUCAUUAUCUAAAAUUGGCUGUGGAGAUAAGACUGAGCUGAGGAGAAAUGGUCUAGGUUUGGGCAUGUUUGUUCUUUUCGGCCCUCUAAUAUUCAUCACAUUUUCAUACAUUGCUAUCAUUAAAUCUGUUUUCAAACUCUCAAGUGUUCAGGCCCGAUUUAAAACAUUUUCCACAUGCGCCCCUCAGCUUUCAAUCAUAUGCAUUCACUUUUUGCCUAGAUAUACUGUGCAUAUAUGUGACUUAACCACUGAAUUACCUACAGGUGUUCGGAUUAUACUUGUUAUGUUUUACAGUAUUUUCCCACCUGUUGUUAACCCAAUGAUUUACUGUUUGAGAACUCAGGAAAUCAAGGCCGUCUUCAUGAAAAGAAUGAGAGGGAAAAAGUUAAUGUUCAGCUGA